AUGGCUCAAAUUUAUUAUAAGUUUAAAAGCGCUAAAGAUUACGAUACGCUCACUUUUGAUGGGUUAGGAAUCACGGUGUUUGAUGCCAAAAAAGAGAUUUUAACAGCUAAAAAGUUGAAAGGAAAUGACUUUGACAUUGUAAUAUCUCAUGCUGAAUCCGGUGAAGGCAAGGAUCUUUCUUCAGAAAACACGCCCAUCGUAGUUCGCCGGGUUCCAACUAAACCUGGCAAAGGAACCGCACAGCGUUACUUAGAAGGAGGAGGUCCACCUUCACAGAGAAACUUUCCAAUCAAUAAUCGAGGAGGUACUGGAUCUGCUAAUGGAUCGGUUACAAAAACGUUUGAUCCGUCAAAACAACCCCAACAAGUUUCAAGAAGUACUCCAACUUCCAUCACCGCUCAAGGUGCAAACGAAGAACAAACAGAAGAAGAUAAAAUUGCAGCGAUGUUUGCGCAAUCAACCGAAUUUUGGGAGAGAACCCAAGAGCAAAUGGCCUCUGCUGCGUGGCAAAAAUUCCAUGCUCGUCAGAAAUCAUAUGUGACCUCCAACGAGGUUCUAGAAGAUAAUCUCCCGAUCCCGGCUGAACUCCAAUGCAUGUUAUGCACUCGGCUGCUCAAAGAAGCUGUCAUAGCGCCGUGUUGUCAGGCCUCAUUUUGUGAUGAAUGUAUUCGUCACGCUCUGAUCAAUCCCGAAGAAGACCAACAUUUCAAGUGUCCGAAUUGUCGAUCUCAUUUGGUUCCCGAUGAAUUGGUACCAAACAAAUCAGCAAGGGAGGCGGUAGAAGGUCAUCUAAGAGAAUGGGCUAGGCGUAGGAAUGAACCUAUUACCUCUAAACCCAAUGAAGAUGAAGGAAGCAUUGAUGAAAUUAUAGUGGCUAACAAUGAUAUAGAAAUUUCGGCGGAAAAAGAAACAGUUGAGUCCUUAAACGACGAAACCACAUUAAAAAUUGAAGAAAAAGAAAAAGGUUCGAGUGAUGCGACAGAAUUGUUAGAAGAUGCUGGUCAAUCUUCCCAAGGUCACAAGGUGAAAACGGAAUCGAUCAACAAGACAGAUUUACCUAGAAAGCAAGCCCACGAUUUGCCACCCGCCCCAUCACAGACGCAAUCGGGGUCGCAACAAAUGCAAACACCCCAUACGUCGCAACCAUCGCAAUCUCAACACUUUCAGCAGUCACAGCAAGUGCAAAAUCAACGGCAACAUCAAUAUUCCAAUGUUUCAGGAAAAUCUUUUAAUCAAAACCCUGUGUCCUCACAAGGAUAUGGCCAAUUUGGAUACUAUGGCGAUUAUGGGCUUGGAUAUGAUCAGGGUCAAGGUUACUGGUACGACGAAGGUGUUUAUCCUCAGAUGAAUAUGAACAUGAUGAAUGGGCCAGGUUAUUAUGACCCAGGUUAUUUUGACGGGUUUUAUCCCUCGGAGCCAUUCCCCUCUCAGCCCCAAUUUAUGCCACACUUCAGACCCCCAAUAUACGAUGAGUUUUGGGAUAAUAGGCCGGUUAUGCAACCCCAAGGCAGUUUCACAAAUCGUGCACGUGGUCGCGGAAGGGGUACACAUUCGGGAUUUUUUAAUGAUCGCGUAUUUUCGGGUGGGCGCGGGGGUGGUGAUUUCAGGCGUGAAUCAAGUAUAUCUCCAUCGACCGGAAGAAGGGAGGCGUCAGAAAGGCAAGAUUUUCGUGAAGAUGAGCCCAAAUAUGACGAAGAACGACUUGUUGACGAUUAUGGCCGCGACUUGGCACGUCGCAAAUCAUCGAUCUCUCGUAUGUCAGUAGACAAGGAUGAUACCCGCGACAAACAUUCCCCUUCCGUUUCCGAACACGAUAGACGUGAAAGGGAUGUAUUGCCAGAUGACGAUAUAGAAAGUAGGAGAUCCAGAGAGAAAGCACCGACACGCAGUAGAAGCAAGGAACGUUCUCGCAGAAGUAGAAGCAGAUCUCACCAUCGGUCAUUGAGACGACAUCGUGAAGGAUCGCGCCAUAGCAGAUCACCCUCAAGGAAUGACCGUUCGUCAUUGGACAUGCGUCAUAAGUCAUCAAUUUCUUCGAGACGCCGUAGUCGAAGCCGGGAUAUUACCAUGGAUAAAAAAGACGAACGUCAUUAUUCUGAUGAUCGUCGAUAUUCCGAUGAUAGGCGAUAUUACGAAGAACGUCGUUAUUCUGCAUCUGAAAAAAGAGAGGACAGGCGUGAUUCAAAUAUUUCCGAAAGAAGAGAUGACAGGCAUGAUUCCAAUUUGUCAGACAGAAGAGACAAGCGUGAUUCUGUGUUGUCGGAGAGAAGAGAGGAUAGGCGUGAUUCUGCUUUGUCAGAUAGGAGGGAGGAGAAGCGUGAAUCCAUUAGUGAAAGGCGAGAUGAUCGCCGUGAAUCAUACAGCUCGCGCUACGAAAAACGAGAUAGUAUCGGUGAGAAAAAGGAAAACAGACGACUCCCAACGGAUGAUAGGAAAGAAGAGAUCCGUAAUCAAUCAUCGUCCAACGAAUAUUUUGAUGAUCGAUUGUCCAAAAAUUUAUCACGAACUCCAUCUUUUUCGAAAUCAACACACGACGAAAAUGGAAAGGAUUAUCAUAGUCCUCGUAAUUCCGAUUUUGACGUGCAAGGCGAGAGGGUCAGUUCACCUGUCUACGUAGAACAAAUUUCCGAAGAUGUUGAACGUCGAACGAGAUCGCGUUCCCCUAAACCGACACCAGCUUCUGAAGAAGACGAUGAUGAUAACGUCAUUGACGUUUCGACUAACGAAGACGAUACACCACUAAUUGACGAUGAAAUAUCAUUUACGAACGAUGAUAGGCCUUCUACCCCUCCAUCACCAGAAAAAUAUACACCUUCAUCAUCACCUGAAAAACGGCGUCAUUCUUCAUCACAUAAACACCGUAGCAACAAAUCUUAUCACCGAGAACACCAUCGGCGUGAAUCUCCUGAAAGGGAAGACCAUGAUAGGAGAAAUUCUCGUUCUAAAUAUAUAAGCACCGAUUCGAAAGAUGAACAUCGCA